GCCCAACUCCAUCUGUCCGCGCCUAUCAUCCCACCAAAAGCAGAGCAUCCUCAGCCGGCGAGAACGAUGGCCAAAUGUGGCAAGAUCCAGAGCAUCGUCCGCCUCCAGCAGACGCUGCGGCGGUGGCGGUCCCGGGCCGCGGCGGCACACGUGCCGUCGGGGCAUGUGGCGGUGUGCGUGGGCGGCGACUCACGGCGGUUCUUGGUGCGCGCGGCUCACCUCAACCACCCCGUGUUCCACGAGCUGCUCCGGCAGUCGGAGGAGGAGUACGGCUUCCCGUCCACCCCUGGCCCCGUCGCGCUGCCCUGCUGCGACGAGGACCGUUUCCUGGACGUCCUCCGCCGCGUGUCCUCCGAGGACCGCCGAGGCCGCUCGGUCUGCUGCCGCGUGCCGGUCAUCACCAGCCGCGACGUCGCGGCGCGGCCGUUGCUGCAGGGGAUGGCGGUGGAGAAGCUCGUGUGGUGAUCGCUCGAUCGAAGCCGCGUGCGUAGGCCCUUCAGUACGCUGUGUUCCCAUGCAUCGAAGCUACCCGCGGUGCUUUGGUUCCGGCGACGACGGCAGCUGUUUUGUUCCACGCCGAAAAGGUGAAAACAUCUCGCAUGCCUGCCGCAGCCAAGAAGACUGACCGGCCGAGCCCACAAGCGAUGACACAUCGUUGCUCCAAGGCCCGGCGUAAUGGCGGUGCCCCGCAACCGUGAGCGGGCGAAGGCGCCGCGCGCACGGUUGCGGGGCGUCUGCGCCACCGCCUUGCGAGCAGCUGCCGCGGAUCCCGCGCCGAAGGGAAGCGGCCAGCGGCGAACUUGCGGGCGCCGCGCGGAAGAUGUCGCCGCCAAAGACUGCAUGAUCCUUCCGCCAUGCGCCAUGCACCACUGCAUGUGCUAUCGUGGACCCCCAGAGGACCCACCACUAUUUGCUUUUUGAACCAACGACCCCGGACCAUUAGCACGCGAGCAAUGGCGCGGUGAAUAUAUUUCAGACUUCACUCUACUAAUUGAUCGAAGAAGGCGACAAUUUUUUGGGAUUGUUUUCUCUGUAACAAGUUUACUCUUCUGUGCAACUCCUUGCCGAGGAA